AUGCCGCAAACUAUCACAUCUAUAGUUAAAAUGGGUGAUUUCAUUUUGAGAUCGCCCGCCUUGUCAAAGGUCGUUGUGCCUGUUGCGCAACAGUUCGUUAAAUUUGCUGGAUACAGACAACUGGGAUUGAAAUUCGACGACAUCAUUGCCGAGGAGAACGACAUUGCUCAAACUGCCUUGAGAAGACUGCCAGAGGAUGAAGGAUAUGCUAGAGCUUUCAGAAUGAUAAGGGCCCACCAAUCAGAACUCACUCACCAUUUGCUGCCCAAGAGUCAGUGGGUUAAACCUGAGGAGGACACCUUGUAUUUGACACCAUAUCUAUUGGAAGCUGAAGCUGAAGCUAAGGAGAGAGAAGAGUUGGACAACUUGCAGUUGACUACCAAAUGA